AUGGGAUCUGCUCAGUCUGUUACUGCUACCAUUCCUCGCGUCGCCACUUUGGAUGUUGCCGGGCCCGUAUCGGCAGAUGGAUCACUCUCUCUCGACGCUCUCAAGUCGUGGGAAGAAUCACCGCCAUCUCAAGCUCGCACGCACGAUCUUAGCCAAGACGGACCUCAAAUCGGCCAUUGUUCACCAAACGUUGUCGUCUCGGACGCACACAUCUUCAACCUCACAGUUCCAUUUGAAACCGGCCCAGUCACGAACCAGAAAUCGAGUGGACGCUGUUGGUUGUUUGCUACGACCAAUGUGUUGCGCUACCAUAUUAUCCAGCAACUCAAUCUCGGGGACUUCCAGUUGUCUCAAUCGUACUUGUUCUUUGCGGACAAGUUGGAAAAGGCCAAUUACUAUCUCGAGUUAUCAAUCCAACAUGCUUCCGAGCCUCUGGACUCACGAUUGGUCUCCCACCUCGCCACAGCCCCUAUCAACGAUGGAGGACAAUGGGACAUGGCGCGCAACCUUCUUGAGCGAUACGGUGUUGUUCCUCAAGCUGUAUUCCCCGAGUCAUACUCGUCUUCCAACUCGGGUGGGUUGAACAGCGUUCUUACCUCGCGACUCCGCGAAAUGGCUCUUCAGUUGAGGGAGCUCACAAACGGAGUGGGUGUCAUGCGCGCAAGGGCAUUGAAGGAGGAGUUUGUUGCCGAGAUCUGGAAGGCAAUGUCAACUGCAAUGGGUGUUCCCCCAAGGCCAGACGAGACGUUUGUUUGGGAUUAUAAGGACAAGGAUGGAAAGGUCAAAUCUUGGGAGGGUACUCCUCGGGAAUUCUACAAGGCACUGGAAGCAUUCUCGCUCAUCAACGACCCCCGAAACGAGUACAACAAACUGUAUACCGUCGAGGCGUUGGGUAACGUCUGGGGGAUGCGCAGUAUCGCAUAUGUAAACACCGAAUCUAAACGACUCAAGGAAGCCAUCGUCACUUCUAUCAAAGCCGGUCAACCGGUGUUUUUCGGCUGUGACGUUGGCAAGUUUUUGGAUUCUCCACAUGGAAUCAUGGAUUUGGAUGCAUAUGAUUUCAAGAACGCAUUGGGCCUAAACUAUGCCAUGUCCAAAUCCCAACGUCUCCGCACUGGAGACAGCGCCAUGACCCACGCGAUGGUCAUCUCGGGUGUACACCUUGACAAGCAGGGCAACCCAGUUCGGUACAGGAUUGAAAACUCGUGGGGUGAUGUGAAUGGAGAUAAAGGAUACUACGUGAUGACCGAUCGGUGGUUCGACGAGUAUGUAUUCCAAGUAGUUGUCCCACGUCAGCUUGCGUCUCGUGACUUGGUCAAGGUUCUGGACGGUGGAAACCCGGUUGUUUUGCCCGCCUGGGAUCCCAUGGGUGCGCUCGCGUAA